AUGGAAAACCCAAAACUCCCCAACGUCUUUAGCCUAGAGUCUAGCAUCACCUCCGCUAAUCUAAAAGAUUUCAUUUCUCGGGAUUAUUUGGACACUCCCUUCUACCAUAUUCGAGCUCCUUGCCGGAAUGAGAUGAUCGUUCUUCCAGAUCCUCCUCCGCCCAGCUUGGUGGAUCCCCAAAAAGAUCUCAGCUUAGUCUUUUUCAUCAAGCAACAAGAGUACGGUCUAAACUUCCCCUUCACUCCUUUCUUCAAUGAAGUCUUCCGGUACUUCGAGAUAACCCCUCGAAUGCUGGCUCCCAAUUCCAUCCUUUUCAUGUGCUCUUUCGAGUCUGUCUGCCUGAGCUGGGGGUUUACACCCACGGCGCCUUCCAACGUCAAGAUGGACCAAAUUAAGCCUCCAAAGAACUUCACCUUGUCUCGUGAGAGCAUGAACGCUGCUCUGGACGCCCUCUUAGCUGGGCGAUCGGUGGGGGAAACGGAAGCUGGGAGCAAGCGUCCUCUUCCCUCUAAUGCUCCUGUUCCAGUUCCCAAGAAGUCCCGGGCCUCCAGACAUACGGCUCCAGCUUUGCCUCCGCUCGAGAAGGAAAAGACUGCGGUGGUGCCCCUGCUCUCUGCCCCUGAUAAUGACAUUCUGAAUGCAGAGGACAUCACCCAUCAGUCUCCGACGAGCGUGGUCGCGGAGAUCAUCAAGGAGCGGAUGUUUGGUGGGGUCACGGAGGCUUCAGACCCCCACUUGCUUGCUCUUACUAGUCUUUUGGCCACUUCCACCAGAGAGCAGGCAGCGUUCCGGUCUCGUCCUCGAAGGGAGCUUGGAGACACUAUCAGGGAGAUGCUUCUAAUGCUGAUGGGCCUCUUCACGGAGGUAGACGCCCGCGAUCACUCUCUUCGGGAGUCCGUGGAUCGCCGGAUCGAGGAAGCGCGCCUGGAGGAGAACCUGUCUGCCACCAGCAAUGCUAGGGGCAACCUUGCGGCAGCCCGGGAGCACUCGAAGUCCCUCCAGGCAGAGCUGACUUAUGCGAAGGAGGCCCUCAAAAGGGCUGAGGGGAGGGCAGCUGUAGCUGAGAUUAGUCGAGAUGAAGCAUUGAAGCAGCUGUCCUCCUUGGAGGAGAUUCGGCGGGAGAGGGACGAGGCGAUGAGCCAGAAAGAGGAGGUCCAGCAUCAGCACGAGUUGCUAAAGGUAGAUUUUGAGGGGGCUCAGGCUCAUUGUGAGGCUGUGAUGGCCCAACAGGAGGAAGCCUGGGCUCGGAUGGUUGUUCUGGAGCAGGAGCUGAGCAAGCAUGCUGACAAUGUUAAAGGCUUGACCUUGGCGGCAGAGGAGUCUAAACUUCAAAAUCAGCAACUCUGCCAACAAGUUAAAGUUUUGGAGAAGAGGUGCUCAGCCCUGCUCGAAGAUGCAAAGCUCGCUGAAGACAGGGUCCAGCUGGAGUGUGAGGAGCUCCUGAGGGAGUACAAGGGAGUCAGCCAAGCUGAAGAAAGAGAUUGA